UUUUCUUCUGUAUUUUCAUAAUCUCUCCACUGUUCUGCAAUCAAGGAUGCGAAACAUCUGUUAUCUUCUCUCUUGUUGUACAAUUGAUCGUGAAGAAACUUAUAGUCUACCGAUUGCGGAACUGUAAACUGUCACACGGGGUUCUUGCUUUGGUUGUGCAACAAUUCUUGGUUACUUAAUCAAAAUCUUCUGAAUUGGAUAAGGAAUUUGGGUAGUUAGAGUUUUCUUGUAUAAGUGGAAAGAAUUCAUGGAGGAAAGUGACGAUAGAGAUUUUCAAGGAAAUGUUGUUAGGCAGACAUCUCUACGUCAAAGCGGGAACUUGAAAUCUUCGUUUUCAGGGAGAUCAACUCCUAGGGGUUCUCCUUCGUUUAGAAGAUUACAUUCCAGUCGAACUCCUCGAAGAGAAGCUCGAAGCAGUGGAGGGUGUUUACGGUGGAUAGCAAGUAACCGUUUGCUGUUAUGGUUAUUCUUAAUAGCUCUCUGGGCCUAUCUAGGGUUUCAUGUUCAGUCCAGAUGGGCUCAUGGUGAUAACAAGGAAGAGCUGAUAGGUUAUGGAAGUAAACCAGGUGGUAUUUACAACAUGGAACAGGAUCAUCAACCACAAUUGAUUACAAACAGAGAUUCUACGGCAGUUGAAAAUGCUUCUACUGAGAAUAAAGAAGAAAUACAAAAUGUAUCACAAUUUAAAAGACUGGAUUUAUCUUUGGCCAAAAAUGGGGAUCACCUUCCACCCCAUAGAAGGAAGAGAAAGAGAUCAACUGUGGAGAGAAGGUCACGUGGUAAGACAAGUGGAAGACAAAAGAGUGUUGUUGAAGGUCGAAACAGCAGCUUGGAAGAGUGGGAAGUGGAAAUUCCUAGAAGAAAUACUUCAUUUGGUUUGUUAGUUGGUCCCUUUGAGUCGACAGAGGAUAGAGUAUUGGGAUGGAGCCCUGAAAAGCGAAGAGGUACCUGUGAUCGGAAGGGAGCGUUAGUGCAACUCGUCUGGUCUAGAAAAUUUGUGUUGAUAUUCCACGAGCUUUCAGUGACAGGGGCUCCACUUUCAAUGAUGGAAUUGGCCACCGAGCUUAUGAGCUGUGGAGCCACAGUGUCUUCUGUGGUUCUUAAUAAGAAGGGUGGAUUGAUGGCAGAGCUUGCUAGGCGAAGGAUCAAAGUGCUUGAGGACAAGACAGAGCUGAGCUACAAAACUGCUAUGAGGGCUGAUCUUAUCAUUGCAGGAUCUGCUGUAUGUGCAUCGUGGAUCGAGCAAUACCUCACACGAUUUCCUGCUGGAUCAAAUCAAAUUGUUUGGUGGAUCAUGGAGAAUCGGCGGGAGUACUUUGAUCGAUCAAAGCUAAUGCUCAAUCAAGUAAAAAUGUUGAUGUUUCUUUCUGAAUUACAGUCUAAACAAUGGCUAGCAUGGAGUGAGGAAGAAGGCAUUAAGCUGAAGUCUCAGCUUGCUUUGGUUCCACUUUCUGUAAAUGAUGAACUGGCCUUUGUGGCAGGCCUUCCUUGCUCCCUAAAUACACCAUCUUCCACCAUUGAAAAGAUGAUGGAGAAAAGGCAGCUUCUAAGAGAUGCAAUUAGAAAGGGGAUGGGAUUAACAGAUAAUGAUAUGCUUGUGAUGUCUCUUAGUAGCAUCAACCCUGGAAAGGGCCAACUAUUGCUCCUUGAAUCAGCCAGAUUGGUGGUUGGACUAGACCUUUCUCUGGUAGAGUCGGAAAGCAUUGAUUUGAUAAAAAUAGGCCAAGAUUAUUCUUCCUUGCCUAUAAAGAAACCUUCAAGAGCUUUGUUUCAACAUAAGCACCAGAUUAACGAAUCCUCCAAUGAAUUAUACAGUUUUGACAAAUCUACUCUUACUUUAAAGGAAGCUGAGCAGAAAGACUUGAAGUUACAGAUUCUCCUCAUGCCCACCAAUGACACGAAUGCUUCAACCUCUGACAGUGAUGUCAAAAUGAGGAAACUUUUGUCUGACAAAGAGGGGACUAAAAAGCAGAAUCUUAAAGUUUUAAUUGGUUCUGUUGGAUCCAAGAGUAAUAAAGUGCCUUAUGUCAAAGGUAUGCUCAGAUUCUUGUCUCAACACUCAAAUCUGUCAAAGUCAGUGUUAUGGACUCCAGCAACUACACGUGUUGCCUCACUCUAUGCUGCAGCAGAUGUUUACAUUAUAAACUCCCAGGGGCUUGGAGAAACAUUCGGAAGAGUGACGAUUGAAGCAAUGGCAUUUGGCCUUCCAGUUCUUGGAACAGAUGCUGGGGGGACAAAGGAGAUUGUCGAUCACAAUGUAACAGGUCUUCUUCAUCCAAUCGGGCAUCAUGGUGCUCAAGUCCUUGCUCAGAAUAUCCAAUUGUUGCUUAAAAACCCAACAAUGAGGAAACAGAUGGCGAUUAGCGGGAGGAGGAAGGUGGAGAGGAUGUACUUGAAGCACCACAUGUACAAGAACCUUGCAGAUGUCCUAUUGAAGUGCAUGAGAAUCAAAUAGGAGCUAAAAGUUUACAGUUUUUUCUCGUAUGUAAACCGUGAGGCUGGUGAGUACGAGUGUAUAUAGCCUUUUUAACUGUUCUGAUUGGCCAAUUUUUUAACUGGUUCUGUAAAUCAUACCAGUAAAAGGAAAAAGAAAAAAAAAAAGAAGGAAAAAAGUAAGAAGCUUUCUUCAUUGA